AUGAGUUUCAUCCUGAAACUUCACAGACAUUUUCAAAGGACAGUUAUUUUGCUGGCCACUUUUGUUAUGGUGAGCGUAGUUAUUUCUGCAUAUUACUUGUAUAAUGGCUACAAACAGGAAAAUGAACUUUCUGAAAUCUCCUCAGAAGUGGAAUGUGGUGAUCCUCAACUGCUGCCGUACAAGCUGAUGGAGCUGAAGACCAUGAAGCCCAUUGAUCCCCUGAGGACAGAUCUUGUAGUGCUGGUGUUUGUGGAAAGUCAGUACUCAACACUAGGCCAAGAUAUAAUAACUGUUUUAGAAUCUAGCAGAUUUCAGCUUCACAUUGAGAUUGCACCUGGGAAAGGUGACCUUCCAGUGCUUAUAGACAAAAAUAAAGGCAAAUAUGCUCUCAUAGUAUAUGAAAAUAUUCUAAAGUAUGUGAACAUGGACUCCUGGAGCAGAGGCCUUCUAGAUAGGUACUGUAUAGAGUAUGGUGUAGGUGUUAUUGGAUUUCACAAAGGCAAUGAGAACAGGUUGCAGAGCUUUCAGUUGAAGGGCUUUCCUUUCCAUGUCCACAGCAAUCUGGGUAUUAAGGACUGUUGCAUUAACCCUCAUUCCCCACUGCUUCAUGUGACUAAAUCUUCUAAGCUUGAGAAAGGUCCCUUGCUUGGAAAUGACUGGGCGGUUUUCCAGAUUAAUCAUACAGCAUAUCAACCAGUGAUAUUUGCGAAACUAAAGACACCAGAAAACCUCUCACCACCUGCUACUGUAAGUGCUUGCUAUGCCACGGUAAUUCAUGACCUAGGGCUCCACGAUGGGAUUCAGCGAGUCCUUUUUGGCAAUAACUUGAAUUUUUGGCUGCACAAACUGAUUUUCAUAGAUGCCGUCUCUUUCCUGUCUGGCAAGAGGCUCAGGCUGACCUUGGAUAGGUAUGUUCUGGUUGACAUCGAUGACAUCUUCGUUGGGAAGGAGGGAACAAGAAUGAACACCAACGAUGUACAGGCCCUGCUUGACACUCAGAAUCUCUUGAGAGCUCAGAUUACAAAUUUUACUUUCAACCUGGGAUUUUCAGGGAAAUUUUAUCACACAG